AUGUCUGAAUAUUUAAACAAAGCCUUACCAGUCGGAGACUACAAAUUCCAAUACAUUUCUAUCUUACCUACUGAUCCAGAAGCUGAAGCUUGUAAGUUACCAACCACAACCACCUGGGCCAAGUUCAUUAAGGAAAACAAAACUGUUGUCAUUACUGGUGCUCCAGCUGCCUUUUCCCCAACUUGUUCUGUAAGCCAUAUCCCAGGUUAUGUUGCCAAAUUGAAAGAUUUAGAAGCUAAAGGUGUUGAUCAAGUUGUUGUCUUGACUGUUGAUAACCCAUUUGCUAAUCAAGCUUGGGCCAAGAGUUUGGGUGUUAAAGAUACUACCCACAUUAAGUUUGGUUCUGAUGCUUCUUGUAAAUUCAUGAAGAGUUUGGGUAUGGAAUGGAAAUUAGAUGAAGAUGUCUUUUGGUCUGGUAGAUGGACUAUCAUUGUUAAGGAUGGUAUUGUUACCUAUGCCGGCAAGGAAGCUAACCCAGGUACUGAUGUAACUGUUUCUUCUAUUGAAUCAGCUUUAGCUAACUUAUAA